CAGCCGUUUUUUCCAUUGAGUGGGUAUAUGGCAGAGCUAGGGGCAGCUGGUGUGUGCGCGCGCGGGCAGCCGAAACACGCUGCCGCCAUGCCGCAGAACGAGCACAUCGAGCUGCACCGGAAGCGCCAUGGCUACCGGCUCGACUACCACGAGCGGCUGCGCAAGAAGGAGGCGCGAGAGCCGCGCGAGCGCUCCAAGAAGGCGCAGAAACUGCGCGGCCUCAAGGCCAAGCUGUACAACAAGGAGCGCAUGUCUGAGAAGAUCCAGAUGAAGAAGACGCUCAAGGCGCACCAGGAGAAGAAGACCAAGAAGAAGGAUCCGGAGAAGACGCCCGACGGUGCUGUGCCGGCAUACCUGCUCGACCGAGAGGGCCAGAGCCACGCCAAGGUGCUCAGCAACAUGAUCAAACAGAAGCGGAAAGAGAAGGCCGGCAAGUGGGAGGUGCCGCUGCCGAAGGUGAAGGCACAGUCCGAGGCGGAGGUGUUCAAGGUCAUCAAGACGGGCAAGCGGAAGAACAAGGCGUGGAAGCGGAUGGUGACCAAGGUGACGUUCGUCGGUGAGGGAUUCACGCGGAAGCCGCCCAAGUUCGAGCGCUUCAUCCGGCCGAUGGCGCUGCGCUUCAAGAAGGCGCACGUGACGCACCCGGAGCUGAAGGCCACCUUCUGUCUGCCCAUCAUCGGCGUGAAGAAGAACCCGAGCAGUGUCAUGUACACGGGCCUGGGCGUCAUCACCAAGGGCACCGUGAUCGAGGUCAACAUCUCAGAGCUCGGUCUGGUGACGCAGGGCGGCAAGGUGGUCUGGGGCAAGUAUGCCCAGGUGACCAACAACCCCGAGAACGACGGCUGCAUCAACGCCGUGCUGCUCAUAUUCGUGCAGAACCUAGACAAUGCGACGUCGACGCUCGAGCUCGACGCGUCGGCGUCGGUGCUGUCGGUGAAGCAGCUGCUGGAGGCGAGGGAGAACAUCCCCGCCGAGGACCAGCUGCUCUCCUACGCCGGCCACCAGCUGGAGGAUGACUGCACCCUGGCCGACUACGACGUCCAAAAGGAGUCGACCCUCUACCUCUCGCUGAGGCUGCUCGGUGGUGGCAAGAAGCGCAAGAAGAAGAACUACACCACCCCCAAGAAGAUCAAGCACAAGCAUAAGAAGGUCAAGCUGGCCGUGCUGAAGUACUACAAGGUGGACGAGAACGGCAAGAUCGCCCGCCUGCGCCGUGAGUGUCCGUCCGAGACGUGCGGCGCCGGCGUCUUCAUGGCCUCCAUGCACGACCGCCAGUACUGCGGCAAGUGCUACACCACGCUCGUCUACAAGCAGCCCGAGGACAAGUGAUGCGUGACGUACAAUACACGAUCUGAGGCGAGC